UUUAAUUGAAUGAGAUAUAUAAUUCAAAAGGAUAACAAUUUUCAAUAGUACGUAUGUAUACAAUUUAUUUUGGAUGCUGUUUAAUCCAAUGGAGGGUGGCGCUUUGGGCAGUCCGGUUUUUGAAGAAAUAUGGCGGAUGUCGAGUUAACGAAAGCAUUAAAAGAUUUGCCAAACCGAGUUCAAACCGCCAGUAAAAACGAGCGGCGAGAGAUUCUACAAAAUGUCGUCAAUGUAUUGUCAAAUCCUGGCAUCAAUGAGAAAAUUGUUAAUGGAAUUUGCAAAACCGUAUCUCUUACUUUACAUCGAUAUAAGGAUACUACUUCCCAAUCUUACGUGAAAAAUUUAAUUGAAGAAUUGUUGAGAAAGCAACCAGCACCUUCAAUAAAGCAUAUGACAAAUGUUGUCAUAGAACAAGCUACAUGGCAUAAAAAUGUAGUUCCUACUCUGAAUACAGCUUUAACGGCGUAUCUUGCAUUAAAGUGGUCAACAUUAAUUGUUCUACACGGAAACAAAAGCAAUUCAGACAUCAAUCCGGAAUUACCAAAACUCAUUGAAGCACAAGCAAAUUUGAGUGCAGCAGCUUUGGCAUCCAUGGAUAAAAAAUUGACGCAGAAAGUAUAUGUUUUAUUAGCGCAUCAAUGGUUGAGUGUUAAAGAUAUUGAUAUUGUGUAUUUAGAGACACUAACAAAAUUGGAAGUUGGAAACGGUGUAAUUGUUCUUGCUAGUUUACUCACUAAGUAUUUAGUUAAUGCAAAGAAAAGUGAAUUAGUGGUGAAACUGAAGACAAACACCAUAGAUGCUUUCAUAAAACUAACUAUUAGUUGUAAGAAAAAACCAGAUCUAUAUGUUGUUCAUAAUGCUAUACCUCUUCUCCGUAGAAUAUCUCAUGACGAGUUUAAAAGUCAACUAUUACCGGCUUUGCAAAAAGCUAUGUUAAGAAAUCCAGAAAUUAUCAUUGAAUCGGUUGGAUAUAUUCUAAGUGGUUUAAGUCUCGAUUUAAGUCAGUAUAGUCAAGAUAUAAGUAAAGGAUUAUUUGCCAAUUUGCAUUCAAAGGAAGAUUUAGUUAGAGAUGAAGCUGUAGGAGCUUGUCGUAGACUUGCUCUUCAAUGUUCAGAUAAUAUUGCUUUGGAAAAUUUAUUGUCAUCCGUAUUUGCUGUAUUUCAUGGAUCAGAAGGAAAACUUACAGUUGCAACUCAUAAAAUUUCCGUCUUACAAGGUGCUGGCAAUCUUAGUUACAAUGCAGCUUCAGGAAGUAGCGUUGAAAAAUUAGCUGAAACAGCUUGUGAACAUUUUAUCAAAGUUCUUGAAACUGAGGUUCAUGAGAAAACUUUAAUUUAUGCUCUUGAAAUGAUGGCCUUGUGGUCCAAUAAAUUUACAAAUAAUGUUCCAAAAUGUGUAAUAGAUGCAUUUAAAAAGGGCAUGAAUGCUAAAACUUCAACUGCGGCAGUGCGUACUGCUUAUAUUAAACUCUUCUUUUCUACUCCAGUAGCUUCUUAUUCUGCAGCAAUAACUCCAUUACUUGUACAAGCAAUAAUAAGAGCUAUGCAACAAUCUGCACAGCCAGCUGCAGUUACAGAGGGUUUAGUGGCUUCUUAUUUGUUACUGAAAUUUGUUCUUGCUAAUCAAGUGGAGAAUGACAAACAAACUGUAUUAUGGAAUGCUAUUGACGAGCAAAUAUUCUUUUCGGAAAAAUUUUUGUCAGCUUGUGGAGAUGAUAUAUUAUAUCACCUCAUGCUGCUUUGUGAAAGACUAAUUACUGAAUUCGGAGAUAGAUUAAAUGAAAAAGCUCUAAACGGUGUACAUAGAGCAAUUGUGGCAUGUGCAACAGCCCCCAAAUAUAAAAUAAGGAAACGUUGUUUUCCAUUAAUUAAAAAAGUUUUAACUGGCUUGAGUACAUAUGAUCCUGCACAAGAACUAUUAAUGGAAUAUAAUAAAUUCUUAGAAAAUGUAAAAAUCAAGUCUGAACAUGAUAAAGAAAAUAAAGAAGAUUCUUCUAGUUGCGAGACAACUGGCAGAUGUCUUGCAGAUGGAUUACUUGCUAUUUGUUCAGGUUCUUUUUUGUUUGAAUUACCUGCUAUGCAAAUGACAAGAGAUGCAUUAAUACCAUCUCAUCAUCCUGCAAUCUAUAAAGCAAUGCCAAACUUAUGGUUCAAAGUUGCAAAGAAUUUUAAUCUUGUUCCAAAAAAUUUUUUAUGUUCAUUUAAUCAUGAAAUUAAAAAAAUACUUGUGCAAAAUUAUAAGCCUGUUGCUAGUUAUGAAAAUGCGUUGACAAAAGUGAUAUCAAUUAUACCAGACAUCAUACUACCUGCAAUAGUGUCAAACAUUACAAAUAAGCUUGAUGAUCCAGAGGUCUUAAAAGUCACUAAAGACGAAUACUUUACUUAUCUUACUCCAGAGGGGGAAUUAUAUGACAAAAGCGUAUUACCAACAAGCGAUGAAAAUGAUAUUCUUAAUUCAAUGAACAUGAAAAGAGAGAGUAAGGUGUAUUCGUUUAAAGAACAGCAAGAAGAAUUGCAACUUAGGCGAGAAUUAUAUGAAAAACGAAAGAAAGAAGGAAAAAUAAAGGAACCUAAAUUAACACCCAAACAAGAAGAAAUCCUUAAGGCACAAAUGGCAAAAGAAAAUGCAAUCCGUAAAAGAUUGACAGAACUGAAACAUAGAAUAAAUAAUGCUGUAUCUCUAAUUAUAUGUUCUAUGCAUGGAAAUGGACAAGAAUUGUCUUUUUAUUUAAAAGAUUUUCUACUUCCGAUUUUGAAAAACUUAAGAUCACCAUUAGCUGCUCCUGCAAUGUGUGAUCUUUAUAUCCGAUUAAAGAGGAUUGUGAAAAUAAAUAAUCCAGUUCUUAGUGAUUUAGUAGCACAUGUUACGUUACGACAAUUACAACCACAAUGUGAUCUGAAUCAAGCUUGGGAAGAGGAAAAUCUUGAUACAGCGGUAAAGAGAACUUUAAAUCUUUUACACACAACAACAAUAAAACAAAAGAAGUUGUUUACAGCUCCGACCUUUUGCUAUGUCUUUCCAUUUAUAAAAAAGACCUUAUUAUCUUAUAAGGACGAUAAUAUGAUUGUUCAAGGAUUACAGAUAAUACAAGAACAUGCUAAACAAAGAGGAAGUUCUGAUUUUAAAGAUAUGAGACAUCCCCAAUUGCUUCCGCGUAAACAUAUGUUUGAUCUAUUAAUAGAAUUAAUGGAAAUCACAAGCGGAAGAGUACAAUCACAUGCAGUUGCAACAUUGCUAGAUGUCGCUCAAUCCGGUAGCGGUCAACCAGGUACUGCAAUAGCAACUAGUGAAGAUAUAGAUUCUUUAAUUGGUGCAUUACAAAAUUCUUUAUCUACAAUAAGAGAUGCAGCAUUAAGAGCAUUAACAGUCGUGAAACAAGCUUUUCCAUCUCAGAAAGAGGAUGCUGACCAACUAUCUCAUCUUGUUAGGAAAAUAUGGAUUGCUAAGUUCGAUGUUUGCGAUGAGAAUAAAAUUCUUGCUAAUGAGUUAUGGAAUGCUGCAGAUUUAGUAAUGCAUACAGAAAUACUUUCUGAUGAACUGAUCCAAGACAUUACACAUCCUGUAGAACCUAUACAGCAAGCAGCUGCUUGUGCUUUGGCGCAGUGUUUAACUGAUGUUCCCCACCUAGUACCAGAAAUUUUGGACAAAUUACUACAGCUGUAUCAAGAAAAGUUAGCCAUGAUUCCACCAAAAUUGAAUGAUUUUGGACGCGUGGUUGAACAGCCGAUUGAUACUUGGGGUCCAAGACGAGGUGUAGCACUUGCAUUGGCUCAAAUGGCAGCUCUUCUCAGUGCUGAUACAGUACUUAAACUUGUGCAAUUUUUCGUCUCUACUGGUUUAGGAGAUAGAAAUCAAACUGUUCGAACAGAAAUGUUAACUGCUGCUGUAGCUGUUGUUGAUCUUCAUGGAAAAGCAAAUAUAACUUCUUUAUUACCGGUUUUUGAAGACUUUAUGGAUAAAGCACCAAAAAUUGGCAGUUUCGAUUCAAUCAAACAAUCUGUAGUUAUUCUUAUGGGGUCACUAGCAAGACACUUGGACAAAGAUGAUUCACGUAUUAAACCAAUAGUUAUGCGUUUAAUCGCGGCUCUUUCCACACCAUCGCAACAAGUGCAGGAAGCAGUAGCCAAUUGUUUACCACAUCUUGUACCUUCUAUUAAGGAAGAUGCACCAAAGAUUGUGGACAAAUUAAUGGACCAAUUGUUAAAAUCAGACAAAUAUGGGGAACGUAAAGGUGCGGCUUACGGUUUAGCAGGUAUAAUCAAGGGUAUGGGGAUACUAGCAUUAAAACAACUUGAUAUUAUGACCACAUUAACUAAUGCCAUUCAGGAUAAGAAAAACUAUAGGCAUCGGGAAGGAGCGUUAUUUGCUUUCGAAAUGUUAUGUACAAUGCUUGGUAGGUUAUUUGAACCAUACAUCGUUCACGUAUUACCACAUUUGUUGCUGUGCUUUGGAGAUUCAAGUCAAUAUGUCAGAGCUGCUACCGAUGAUACAGCUCGUGUAGUUAUGAGUAAAUUAUCUGCACAUGGGGUAAAGCUUGUUUUACCUAGUUUAUUAGCAGCAUUAGAAGAAGAUUCUUGGAGGACUAAAACUGGAUCUGUUGAGUUAUUAGGUGCAAUGGCGUAUUGUGCACCAAAACAGCUUAGUAGUUGUUUGCCAAGUAUAGUUCCAAAGCUAAUCGAAGUACUUAGUGAUUCACAUACAAAAGUUCAAGAGGCUGGUGCAGAAGCUCUUAAAGUUAUUGGAAGUGUAAUUCGUAAUCCAGAGAUUCAAGCUAUUGUACCAGUUUUAUUGAAAGCCUUACAAGAUCCUUCUCAUAAAACAGCUACUUGUCUUCAAACUCUUUUAGAUACUCAGUUCGUACAUUUUAUCGAUGCUCCAUCAUUAGCUCUUAUUAUGCCUGUAGUACAACGAGCAUUUUUGGAUCGUUCAACAGAAACAAGAAAAAUGGCUGCCCAAAUUAUUGGAAAUAUGUAUUCUUUAACCGAUCAAAAAGAUUUAACUCCAUAUUUGCCAACAAUCAUCCCUGGCUUAAAAACGAGUUUAUUAGAUCCUGUACCAGAAGUACGAAGUGUAUCUGCAAGAGCAUUAGGUGCUAUGGUACGAGGAAUGGGUGAAUCUAGCUUUGAAGAUUUACUUCCUUGGUUAAUGCAAACGCUUACAUCUGAAACAAGUAGCGUUGAUCGAUCAGGUGCUGCACAAGGCCUUUCAGAAGUUGUGAGGGGAUUAGGUGUUGAAAAACUUCACAAACUUAUGCCUGAAAUUAUUAGUACUGCCGAAAGAACCGACAUAGCUCCACAUGUUAAGGAUGGUUAUAUUAUGAUGUUUAUUUAUAUGCCAAGUGCAUUUACUACAGAAUUUACACCCUAUAUUGGACAAAUUAUUAAUCCUAUUUUGAAAGCUUUAGCUGAUGAGAAUGAAUACGUUCGUGAAACAGCACUUAGAGCGGGCCAACGUAUCGUUAAUCUUUAUGCUGAUUCUGCUAUUAUGUUGUUAUUACCAGAAUUGGAAAAGAGUCUCUUUGAUGAUAAUUGGCGUAUUAGAUACUCAUCGGUUCAAUUACUUGGUGAUUUGUUAUAUCGAAUUUCUGGAGUUUCGGGGAAGAUGUCAACAGAAACAGCAAGCGAAGAUGAUAAUUUUGGAACUGAACAGUCACAUUAUGCCAUUAUUAACGCACUUGGUGCUGAAAGGCGAAAUCGUGUUUUAGCGGGAUUAUACAUGGGUAGAUCGGAUGUUGCAUUGAUGGUACGCCAAGCUGCUCUUCAUGUAUGGAAAGUUGUUGUAACGAAUACACCGAGAACUUUAAGGGAAAUAUUACCGACAUUGUUUACUUUAUUACUUGGCUGUCUAGCUAGUACAAGUAAUGAUAAAAGACAGGUGGCAGCGAGGACUUUAGGAGAUCUAGUUAGAAAAUUAGGUGAAAGGGUGUUACCAGAAAUCAUACCUAUUUUAGAGAAAGGUUUACAAAGUGAUCAGGCUGAUCAACGUCAAGGUGUAUGCAUUGGAUUAUCAGAAAUUAUGACAAGUACAAAUAAAGACAUGGUGAUAACCUUUGUAGUCAGUUUAGUUCCAACAGUGAGGAAAGCAUUGUGUGAUCCAUUACCAGAAGUUCGACAGGCAGCAGCAAAAACCUUUGACGGUUUGCAUUCAACUGUAGGAGUUAGAGCAUUAGAUGAUAUAUUACCAGCAAUGUUAACGCAAUUAAAUUCACCGGAUCCAGCAGAAGCAGAGAAUACCUUAGAUGGUUUACGCCAAGUAAUGGCAAUCAAAUCUCGUGUUGUUUUACCAUAUUUAGUACCUCAAUUGACAACUCCCCCUGUCAAUACAAAAGCGUUAUCAAUCUUGGCUAGCGUAGCAGGCGAAGCAUUAACAAGGUUUCUUCACAAAAUUCUACCAGCGCUAUUAACUGCUCUCUCUAGUGCUCAGGGCACACCGAAUGAAGUUCAAGAAUUAGAAUAUUGCCAAGCAGUGAUCCUAUCUGUUACCGAUGAAGUUGGUAUUAGAACAGUCAUGGAUCAGCUCAUGGAAGCUACAAGAGCGGAUGAUCCAUCUAGACGACGAAGCGCUGCAACCUUGUUAUGUGCCUUUUGUCGUGAUACACGUGCAGAUUAUAGUCAAUAUGUUCCACAAUUAUUACGAGGUCUCAUUCACUUAUUUACAGACAGUGAUAAGGAUGUACUACAGAUGAGUUGGGAAGCUCUUACAGCAGUUACUAAGACUUUGGCAUCUGAUCAACAAAUUGCUCAUGUGCAAGAUAUUAGACAAGCUGUUCGGUUUGCAGUGUCUGAUUUAAAGGGACAAGAAUUAUUGCCAGGAUUUUGUUUGCCGAAAGGAAUUACUCCCAUUCUUCCGAUAUUCAGAGAAGCUAUAUUAAAUGGUUUACCAGAAGCAAAAGAACAAGCAGCUCAAGGACUUGGAGAAGUUAUAAAAUUAACUAGCGCCUCAGCGUUACAACCAAGUGUUGUACAUAUUACAGGGCCAUUAAUUCGUAUUCUCGGCGAUCGCUUUAAUUGGAGUGUUAAAGCAGCAGUUUUAGAAACACUUGCAAUCUUGCUCGGCAAGGUUGGAGUAAUGUUAAAGCAAUUUUUACCACAAUUACAAACCACUUUCUUGAGAGCAUUGAAUGACAGUAAUAGACAAGUGAGAUUAAAAGCUGCUUAUGCUUUAAGUAAUCUCAUUGUAAUUCAUACUCGUGUUGACCCAUUGUUCACAGAACUUCAUACUGGCAUUAAAACUGGAGAUGAUCCAGCUAUUAGAGAAACAAUGUUACAAGCUUUAAGAGGUGUGCUUACGCCUGCUGGUGACAAAAUGACAGAACCAAUGAAGAAACAAGUGUUUGUUACUUUAAGUAGUAUGCUUGGACAUCCAGAAGAUGUUACAAGGAACGCCGUAGCCGGUUGUUUUGGGGCGUUGAUACGAUGGCUUAGUCUAGACCAACUCAAUAUUGCUCUUAACGAAGAUCUGUUAUGUAGUGAUACCAGUGUCGAUUGGAUGCUUAGACACGGACGUUCUGCAGCAUUAUUUGUUGCAUUAAAGGAAUCUCCAACAACUAUCUACAACAGUAAAGAGAAAGAUCGUGUUUGUGCAGUAAUACUUUCGUAUUUAAGUGCAGAUCGAGUUCAAAUAGUCAUGAACGGUGUACGAGCUUGUGGUUAUCUGUUUCAAUAUCUUAUGAACGAACGACAACCUAUACCUCAACAAAUUUUAUCUCCUUUCGUGCGAUCAAUGAAUAACAAUAGUAACGACGUAAAACAAUUAUUAGCUAAGGUAUGCAUUCAUUUGGCUCGUAACAUACCACCUGAGAAGAUGUCACCAGAAUUACUUAAAUCGCUUUUACCUAUGUUGGUAAAUGGAACAAAAGAGAAAAAUGGUUACGUGAAAGCCAACAGUGAACUUGCUCUUAUAGCAGUACUUAGAUUGAGGCAAGGGGAAGAAGAACAUCAGCGUUGCAUGGCCUUUUUGGAUGCCGGUGCAAGGGAAUCAUUGUCAGAUGUAGUCAGCAAAGUGUUGCGCAAAGUUUUAUCGCAGCCUGAAGGCAAAAUAGAAGAAUUGGACGAUACAUUACUCACGUGAGAGAUAUUGUAUGUUCCGGGGCUCAUUGCGCUCUACAUCCAUUUUUAUAGUCGUAUUAUUAAUAAUUACUCCAAUGAUUUUUAUAAAAUGAUUUACUGUUCGUGUACUAGUUACAUUAUAAAGACGUUAGUUCGUUCCAUAUUGUAUCUCGAUAAUCAAUUAAACAAAGUAAAACGUAACAGUCACUCGAUGGUAUUCAAGUUACUUAAAUUAAGGUGUCCUGUUUACCGAGCGAUUCGCAUACAUGUUGUAGAUAUUUCUACGAAAAAUGUUUUCUACUGUCAAUUUAUUAAUCCGUUUCUUUAUAUUUUAAUUAUUAGUGAAUCGUAUUUGUCUCCAGGAUACAUAUUUGUAAAUGAAUCGAUAGAAAGUGACAUAAAAUAUAUCGAAUUUGAACAGGAGAAUAGUGAAAAUGAUUUAAAAUACGAAUUAUAUAUUGAUCGCGUUGUAGAUUCACGCUUUACCUUCUUAAUUUAUGUUAUGUUGUACACUUUGUUAUGUUCUGUUAAUGUUAUAACUAAAAGUAGAUUAUUUUACUUGUGCGAGAAGCUAAAAAAUUGUUUUUAAACGGAAGUGCAUGGCUAUUUCAUUCUUUUUCCACGAAUUUUUCCAUUUUAUAUUUCCACGAAUAUAUAUAAUAUUUGAAUGUCGGUAAACCGAGUAAAAUGUUUACUUGCUAUCGAGGAUUUGAACAGUGUCCCGCUUUUAUUGUCAUAGAAGCGUGUUUUGCUGUCCUGUAUUGUAGUUAUAUAAAUCGGCAUAUAGUCUAUAUUUUAGAAUUACUUAUAGAAAUUGUUGAGCCGGCUUAAGCCGUACCGUAACACGACACGAUACUUGUAAAUCUAUCAGUAGAAAGUCUUCGUCUUCUAAUGUAUUCUAUUUUCGACAAUUUUCGAUUUGUCUAUGAUUACAUUAAUUACAUUACCCACAAUUCGGGAACAUACAUAUUCUGUAUAUACGUCCUAUGAUACGUUACAAUAUGGCGAACAAAUGUGGGACUUCGUAUAACAUUUAUUUUUAUAAUAUCAAAUCAAACGUUCAUCCUUCGUUCAUCUACAAUUUGUGCGUGUUAGAAUAUUUUACUUUGGUAGAAAAUGAAAUAAAAUUCCUCCGUUAAAUUGCUUACGUGUAGUUUUAGACGGUAUUUUUGUAGCACGGAUUUUAAUAAAUAUCCGAAAGAAUCAAAUUUUACAUGUUAAUGAAAUUUUAAUAUAUAUUAGAUAUCUUAUUAGAGUAAAUAUCACGGAAGACGAAGAUAAGAAAAUAUGAUAAUGAUAACGUAAUGGAUCAAAAGUAACGCGUAUACAUUGCAUUUUAGACGGAAACAUUAGUGUAAGUCAGCGACUUGAUCGCACACUGUCGUUUCUCUAACUUCCUGAGCCCUGGGACUUUUAUGAAAGCAUAUUUGGAUUAUAUAUACAUGUAUAGAAGGAAGAAAAUCGAUUGAGUUCCAUCACAUUAUUAUACGACAAUGCGUAAUAACGGAUUCGCUUGUUCCGAUAACACCGACAAUUUCGUUAUUGCUCGCUCAAGACUGAAUCGUUCCAUCCGUGGCUUCAAGAAAAGCCAACUGCUCUUCUGUUCUUUUCAAUCCUAUAAUGUUUCAUGAAUCACAAUCUUUUAUCUGUACCUGUUUCAAAGAUGAACGUAUUCGCGUGUUUCAUACUUGCGCGUUUAAUUAUUUUCAUGAUUGGACGAAUCGAAUGCCAUUCAUUUCAUUAUUUUUUAUUACUUAAGUUUGUUUUGUUCUAUUUCAGACAUCCAAUGCAUCUACGCAUAUACUGUGUUUCCUAAUAUCUAGAACCCUCGUUCGUUCGAUUGAUUUUAUUUAUUUCUUUUAACAUUCGAAUAUUUUGUUUGCAGUAUUUCAUUGAGAUACUAUGCUGCAAAAGAUUGUAUGCUUUUUUACAUUAACAAAAUGACCUUAUAUGGAAAAAAUUUAUUUAUCGUGCUCAAUUAAUGAUUUUACAAUUGUUAAUUAUGUAUGCACAGAUGUACGUGAUACAAAUAGAACGAUACGUUCAAAAAGCAAUAUUUCUUCAUUUAUGCUGUCAUUAAAAACUGGAAGAACAUUGGCUAUAAUAGAUCGUUCUUAUUAAUAUCAUGUCUAAAUUAUUAUAUUAAUCGAUUUUGAUAUCUAAAGUAUUAUGCUGAUAUGUUUUUCUAUACUUUGCCUUCUUGUUAUCUAAAAAUGUACCGACGUGCCAAUGAAAUUCUAGUUUAAUAAUCGAUAUAAUAUUCUAUUAUUUCUUAAAACCUAAUUUUUAAUUGUAAUUUUCCAUGCUAUGAGUAUGUUCCUAAAACUAAGUAAGAUACAGUAGAAACUGUUCAAUCUUAUUUAACAUAAUAUUGACGAUUUUGAACGAUCAAUGUGAAACAAAUGAGAAAUAGGAUAAGAUUUGCACGCGACAGAAGUGAAAUUAGAUUUUUGUACUAUUAUUUUAUCGAAUUAUAUUAGGGUUCUUUCUUUGUUCUUGAAAUCUUGAUCGGAGACAGUUCGCUAAUUCUAGAACCGUCUCUUUUUAGUAAAUUAUUGGCUUUUAACGAUAGGGUUUCCUCCUCGAUGUUCUUUGUAUGCAACAUUCUCAGAGUCUUCUUUCUUAAAGAAAGUAACUCCUUUGCUGCCUCUAGUAUUAUUUCAUAAAAUUCGAGAAAUGUCAGCUGUAACAUUAAAUUUCUAUACUGUAAAUUAUGCCAUAAAAAAAAAUACCGUAUACGAUGUGUCUGUAAAAUAUAUUAUGCAUUUAAGCGAGAGAUAAUUAAGUUAGGGAAGAUGCAAUUUUUGUAAUAUCUGUAAAUAACCAUUGAUUAAAAUAUUAGUCACAUGUUAAAUUAAAUUAAAUAUGAUAUUCAAUAUUGCUUUAUGAUAUUCAUAUAUAUUGAUGUAAUAAACGCAUUUCAAUCUAUGCUACUUAUAAUGUUUUAUGCUUUUUAUAUAUAUAAUCGAUGAUAAUUCUAUAAUUAUAUACUUGAUACUUAAAUAAUCGAUGAAACCCAGUCUGACAUAAUUUGCAUUUUAUAUUACUGUUCAUAUUGUUUGUUAAUUUACCUACUUUCAAUUUCAGUUUUAUAAUCUUUUUAAUACGUAUCACGUAGUACGAAUAAAAUAAAAAUUGCAUAAUAAUAAUAGUGAUAACAAUCAUAACCAUUAAUAAAGUUAUCUAUGUCGAGCGAUAUUAGUAGUUAUCGACAUUAUGCAAUUUUACGUGCGAGCAACAUACAAGACUAAUCGCAAGUAAUUAUGUAUAGAGACGACCUGACUGCUGCCAUAUCUUUCAUUUGUUUCAUAUAACGCGUUUCACUAAGAAUUUGUGUUUAUAUAUGUAAACCGGUGCGUCAAAAUCUGAUAAUAGUAAUAUAAUAGCAUAGCAACGUCGUUUAAAUAUUAUGAUGUUAAAAAUGGAAGAGACACCGAAGCAAAUCAAGUAUAAUCAAAUAACAACCAGAUCGUUCUAUCAACAGAUUAUCUUUAAAAAGGUUUAUUGAAUUUCAUUUGUAUCAAAUAUAUCAAAAUUUGAAUUACGAUAAUAUACCUUAUAAUCCAUGUUUAUAAUUACACCACUACUUGCAUCUUUUAUUCCAGGACAUAUUAGCAUCAUAAUUUCUAUCAUUUUUCUAGUCCCUAUUUGUGUAAAGACCAACAAUCCGUUAGCUGUAAUACGAAUAACGUUCUUAACGCAAACGAAGCAUGUACGAUAAUUUUUAUAAAAUGUGCUAUACCCACUGCUACAUAAAUUAUUUGCAUUUCUUCUUGAUAUAUUAAUCGUACGAUCGGGUGACGAAAAGAUUUCGUCAAGUUUCAGUAAGUAGCUGACUUUUUCGCCUAUCGUCACAGAAUUAAUUCCAUCCGGAAAAUUUUCCACAGCUUCGGCAGUAGUCGAAGAAAGCAUUGGAUCUGCCCUGUCUGCAUCAUUAAAAUAUUCAUACGCUUCAAUGUAAAGAUACCAUUGCUCUAGGAACUGUACGCGCAAUGUGAAAUAUACCAACAUAGAUGUUUACUAUUAAUAAAGUACUGUAACGUUGUA